GGGACUCAAGACUUUCUAGAACAAAAUCUAUCCGAAGAUGCAGAUUGGUGGAUGGGGAUUGUGUACAACCUUCAACCUAAGAGUGAUUCAGGAACUUUGACCUGGCUGGAUACAUCUAAUAUAAGUUAUGAUAAAUGGGGAAGUAAGGAAGCCUCUGUCACUGAUGGAAAGUGUGGCUACUUAAAGAAGAGGUCUGGCUACCAGUGGGCAACAACUGACAACUGCAGCCAGGAAUUCUUUUUUAUUUGUGAAUUUGAAUCUGGCCAUACCAUAGCCUGUGAUAACCACAAUGCUACAGUACAGUGUGGAUCAGGAGAAGUGGUAAAGAUUAGUGAGAGCUUCUAUGGACGUCAGAGCCCCCAUCUUUGU